AUGGGUGCCGAACACGCCGUCGCAUCUCCCUUCACCCUCGCCUCGUCCGUCAAGCUCCGCAAUGGCGCUCAGAUGCCCCGCCUGGGCUUUGGCGUCUUCCAGUCGACCAACGCAAAGGCUUCCACUGCCCACGCACUCGCGAUGGGCUACCGCCACAUCGACUCUGCGCGCUACUACCACAACGAAGAGGAAGUCUGCGCCGCGGUGCAGAAGUUCUCGGGCGGGAACUUGCCGAACGAAGGGACGGGCAAGGUUUGGCUCACGACAAAGGUGAUGGGCCAGGAGCACGGGACGGACAAGACCAACAGGGCGGUUGAUGAGAGUGUUGCGAUCGCCAAGAAGUAUGGGUUGACUUGGGACCUCUUCCUCCUCCACGACCCGACGGCCGGCAAGCAGAAGCGUCUCGAGGCAUGGAAGGUGCUCAUCGAGAAGCGCGACCAGGGAUUGAUCAAGUCCAUCGGCGUCUCCAACUUUGGCGUCAAUCACCUCGAGCAAAUCAAAGAAGCGGGACUCGAGACGCCCGAAGUCAACCAAAUCGAGCUCCACCCCUUCCUCCAGCAACGCGACAUCGUCGAAUACUGCGAAAAGGAAGGGAUCGUCGUCGAAGCCUACUGCCCAAUCCUCCGCGGCAAACGCUUCGACGACCCUACCCUCGUCGAACUCUCACAGAAACACUCCGUCACGGUCCCACAGAUCCUGAUCCGUUGGAGCUUGCAAAAAGGCUUCGUCCCCCUGCCGAAGAGCGACACACCCGGUCGCAUCCAAGCCAAUGCGGAUUUGUGGGACUUUGAGCUCGAUGAGGCGGACAUGAAGCAGAUGGAGAAGCUCGACGAGGGAUACGCGGUGAGUUGGAACCCGGUGAACGUCGAGUAG